ACAGCAGAAAUGAUGGAUAUUGUAAAAACGCUUCAGAAGGAUAGGUUCACACCAAGGUACUAUGUGGCUGCACUUACUGACAACAUGAGUAUUCAAAAAGCAGAGGUCUAUGAACAAUCACUGAUUCAGAGUGGCGGAAAGAAGACCGCCGAGACUACCCAUUUCAUGCAGAUAUAUCGUAGUCGUGAAGUAGGCCAAUCCUACAUUACCUCCAUCGCGACAACAUUGCUAGCCACAUUGCAUGCUAUGUGGCUAGUAAUAAGAAUCAGACCACAAGUGAUAUUUUGCAAUGGUCCAGGGACAUGCUUUCCUCUAUGUGUCUCGGCCUUCCUUCUGAAGGUGCUUGGUUUGGGAUGGUCCUCCAUUUUCUACAUUGAAAGCAUUGCAAGAGUGAAGAAGCUUUCGUUGAGCGGUUUACUGUUUUACAAGCUACGGAUAACUGACCAGUUCUUCGUGCAGUGGCCCCAGCUGCAGCAAAAAUAUCCACGAGCAUGCUACGCUGGCCGUUUGAUGUGA